UUCAUCGCAAAUUGACGUUUUAACUUUUUAAUUUUAUUUUUUUUAAUAAUACAAAAUGUUACGUGUAUUAUUCCAUCUGACAGUUGUGGCGAUUAACUCGUUCGUUCUGUGGUAUGAUCAAACUUAUAUCGUUCUUCCUUUGCCGGUUAAAGUAAUGGAAACUCUACCGCUGAAGUCUAGGAGUAUGUUUCUUACCAUUUGGUGUUUAAUACUGCAAACGGUGUAUCACUUCAUUGCGUUAUUGAACGAUAUCUUCGGAUCGAGCGCAAAAUCUCCAAAGAAACCUCCUAUUAUACGACAAAUUAAAGACACACUAUUCUCCCUAGCAUUCGCAACGGCUAUUUACGUGUCUAUUGCAUUUUGGAGCAUAUACACCAUAGACAAGGAGCUUAUUUUUCCGGAUCAUAUCGAAAAACUGUACCACCCCAGUUUUAAUCAUGUAUUACACACCACCGUGUCUGUGUUUAUAAUCAUAGAGUUGUUGACAUCGUACAGAAAUUAUCCGUCACGGAAAAUCGGUUUCUCUGUAAUGCUUACAUUUUUUAUGUCCUACAUAGCUUGGUUCUUUACGAUAUACGCAAAAACUGGUGCGUGGGUGUAUCCAGUGUUUAAACUUCUGAACUGGCCUUUUAGGGUUGUGUUUAUUGUUCUAAGUAUAAGCACCGCUGCAGGAUUUUAUAUAUUAGGUGAAAAAUUGAACAAUUUCGUCUGUUCCCAUAAAAAAGAAUCAUAUUCCAAUGGAAUUAAAAAUGGCAUUUCUAAUGGCAAAAAGAAGAGAACAUAA